UUCGGCCCGUGACUCAUAGAAACAUUCCUAUCAGCGAUCCAGCAAUGUUUCGGUUCUUCCCGGUGUAUCCGACAGCGGGAAGUGUUACCAAGGAAACCGGACCGUCCGAGAAUGGUCAUUUUCCAUGCUGAGAUGACAUCAAAUCACGUGAUGUCGAUGAAGGCGCCAACUGCCGAGCCGGAGAUUACAUAUUCCCCCGCCCUGAAGCACGCUAAGCCCAAGGAUAACGACAGAAAGAAUUCGCUGCAUCAAGGGGGCCAGGAGACAUCGGUUCUAAAACCGACGCAGCAAAAGUCGAACAAGAUGGUGCUGUGUCGUGUUCUGCUGCUUGAUGGGAAUGAUUUUGAAACUGACAUUAAUAGAAAUGCUGAGGGAAGAGAAUUGUUUGAUGAAGUUUGCAAAAAGCUGUGCAUAAAUGAAAAAGAAUAUUUUGGUUUAACCUAUACAGGAGCACAAGAUGUAAAGUACUGGGUGAACCAUGAUAAGAAAAUAGCUAAACAAGUGAAAAGUGGGACCUGGGUUUUUGAGUUCGCUGUCAAGUUUUAUCCCCCUGAGCCGUCUCACCUGAGUGAGGAUGUCACAAGAUACCAGUUGUGUUUACAGAUCAGAGCAGACAUCUACAAUGGAAAGCUGCCCUGUUCAUUCAUGACCCACGCCAUCCUGGGUUCCUACACAGUGCAGGCAGAGAUAGGCGACUACGACCCACAGGAAGACGGCCCCGGGGACGAUUAUCUGAAAGCUUUUGAUUUUGCUCCACAACAGACCCCAGAACUGUCACAGAAAAUUCACGAACUACACAAAACACACAAAGGACAGACCCCAGAGGAAGCAGAGUUAAACUUCCUAGAGAAUGCAAAGAAGCUUGCCAUGUAUGGAGUGGACCUGCACAAAGCAAAGGACUCUGAGAACAGGGUCAUUAUGCUGGGCGUGUGUGCAAGUGGCCUUCAGCUCUACAGAGAAAAACUUAGGAUCAACCGAUUUGUCUGGCCCAAGAUCAUCAAACUCACUUAUAAAAGAAACAACUUCUACAUCAAACUUAGACAAACAGAGGGAGAUCAGGAGACUACAAUAUGUUUUAAAUUAGAUUCACAUAAAUUAGCCAAAAGAUUAUGGAAAACCUGUGUAGAACAUCACACCUUCUUCAGAUUAAAGGAACCAGAGAAGAACAGUACCGGUACUCUCAUUCCUAGGUUUAACUCGCGCUUCCGGUAUUCAGGAAGAACACAGAAGCAGAUUCGAGAACAGGAGGAUUUAAUGGACCGCCCAAAAGUGAAAGUAGAGAGGCGAGGCCUGGGGAACAGCUUCCGUAUGCCCAGGGAUGCCGAGGGUCACAUUAUCAGGCCAGUCGCAGAUGCAGGGGCAGACAGUUAUGACCGCACAGAUAAGUUGGCGGGACACACAGACACAAUGUCGAGUGGACCACCCCCCUACAGCUCCAUGGAUAGAGGAGACAAACACAACAGACGACCGGGUGAAACAGAGCCUGACAGAGGGGACAUGACGGAGGACAGACGAGAUAAAAUGCUCGGAAAUCAUGAUAAGACAGAGGGAGCUCCAGGGGAGGGUGGAGAUGCUGCCUUGUUAGAGGAGGGCGGGGCACUUCAUGGAGCCAAGAAAUCCAAGGAGGACAAGGAAAGAGAGAAGAGGGAAAAAGAGGAGGAGAAACGCAGACAGAAGGAAGCAGAGAAGGAGAAGAAAAGGCUGGAGAAGGAGAAAAAGAAGAACAAAGACAACACAGAAGACAGAGCGGACCGCCUGGGAGGUGAGGACGCGACAGAGACAGCCAUCAACGGGACUUCGGGUACAAUGGGUCUGGACUCGGACGCUGUUGUACUUGGAAAGUCUGGCAACCAGGAGGGCAAUAAGAAACCAGGAGACGGUGACUUCGCCCCUAAAAUGGGAGAGAACCUUGAGCAUGUGAAGCAUGACAAGGCCCACGAUAAGCAUAAAGAUAAGAAAGAGGCCAAAAAGGGGGGUGGGCUGUUUGGCAUGCUUAAGAAAACCCCAUCUAAAGGGAAAGGGGACAAAGCCAAGCCGACAGAGACAGAAGUAAACAACAAGGACUCUCCAUCCAGAGGAGAUCAGCAGACAAACAAAAAGGGAGACAAAUCCAAAAAGAAACAAACUGUUGUUAUUGAAGAGACUAUUGAGGACGAAGUGUUCGUUGAAUCAGUUGAUCCUGUCAUGAAUUCAAACUCUAAAUUAGUUAGUGAGGUCAAGGAUAAAUCUAACAAGUCAGGGAAGAAGAGCUCCUCUUCUUCCUCCUCUUCCUCCAGUAGUGAUGAGGGCGAAAUUGUUCUGGAGCAUCGAGGCUCUAACAUUGUAGAGGAAGUUUGUAGUAACCCAUCCUCACCAACACAAGCGAGGGCAGCAGUGGUCCUGAAAGUGGACAACAAAAACUGUGAGCAUGUUGAGGGGAAAGCUGGGGUUGAGAGCAAGAAGAUUCUUACAGAGAAGUCUGGUCAACAGUCAGACUCUCAAAAAGAGGACACCGAAGUGACAAAAGAACACUCAGGGGAAGAAAAGAAAGUUGAAAUUAAGUUGAAAGUGAACGAAAUUGAUAAGCGAUCAUCAAAUCCUCCAAUGUCCGAAACUUCUAAAUCUGAAGGAGUGACCAGUGUUCAUGAUAAGCCAGACAAUGCUCAAAAACCUUUAGAAGAGAAACCAGUGGCACAAGAGGAGGUUCGUAAAAAACAGGAUUCACCUCUAGAGGUGCCUGUUGUCCUCUUGAAUGAGGAAUCAGGAAAGGAGGAAAUUAGCAAAGGUUCAUCAGAAGCUGAGGAGAAACAAGGGGUAGGUGAUAGUAAGGAGGAUAAAAAGAAACAUAAAGAGGAAGAAAAGAGACACAAAGAGGAAGAGAAAAAACAGAAAGAAGAGGAAAAGAGGAGGAAAAAACUGGAACAACUUGAUAAGAAGAAAGAAAAGGAAGAAAAAGAGAGAAAGAAAAAAGAAAAAUUGGAGGCAAAAAAGAAAAAAGAAGUGAAGAAAAAACAAGAAGAGGAGGUUCCAGAGAUGGAAAAUGGUGGUAAGUCUGCUCCUCCCACAGAGAAAGUGGGAGCAGAAAAUGAGGACAAGGAGGAGGAAACCAGGACAGAGAGCAAACCAGAGGAGCAUGAGGUGAAGGUUAAGAUAAAGGUCCUCCCCAAGAGUGACACUGACACCAGCCUGCUGGGCCAGCAAGAAGUGUGUGAUGAUAAAGCCAAGGAGGAGGACGAGAAACUAAAGGAGGAGGCCAAAGAACCACAGAUAGAUGAGAAAGACAGCAAGGAGAAAGUGAAAGACAGCAAGAAGACAAAAUCGGCCAAGUCAAAGAAGAAGCAACCAGUGUCCAAGAAAAAGUCGUCCACAGGCUGUUUUAGUUUCGUGCGACAUCAUAAAUCAUUCGAGUCAGAGGAUGAAGCAGCAAAGAUAGAACUUCCAACGGAGCCUUGGCCCACGGAUAGGAAGGAGGCGGAGGAAGUGGAGAAGCCCGCUGAGGAGCACGAAGUGAAGACCCCACCAAAACAGAGAGGAGGCGUGGGGAUGGGCUGGGCAUUGCCUGGGAUGAAUGAACUGAAGGACCGUAAAGCCAAGCCCGAAGAUACCGCACCACCUUUAUCAUCACCCUCAUCCUCAUCAUCAGACGAGGACAUAUCCCAUCAUGCAAUUCUAGAUGACGAUGCAGACGAGCAGGGUGGGUUUGGACUGGAUGGAAGCCACCCAGACUACAGUGACAAGUCCAUAGACAGAAAGAUGCAGUUCAUCGCGGUCACCCCUCCAUCCACGGAGGUCAGAGACCGACAGAGAGGAGACAAUACCAUGCCAUUCUUUGAGUCCGUGGGAUCAACCUCCGAUGGUGAAGGUGAGGGAACCUUGGGGAAGAAGAAACCUCCCCCGGUGGCCCCCAAAAAGUACCGGGACAGCCAGGACGACCGUCUGGGUGACAUGCCCCCCACGGUGGCCACUGAGAGGAUGAGAUACGACCCUAACACGGACGACCAACCCAUUCCCACCACCAACGUCCCCAUCGUCAAAACCCAGACGCGGACGGUCACCUACGAGAAGGACGGGUUCCCGGUGGUGAUAGAGGACGGAAUCCUCAUCAGCUCGCAGUCUCACUCGACCAGAACUCAGACGAUCGAGACGACUACCUAUAAGACGGAGAGGGACGGCAAGACGGAGACCAGGGUUGAGAAGAAGGUUGUGAUUUCACAGGAAGAGAACGGGGACGACAUUGACCAUGAUGCCCUCCUAGCUGAGGCCAUUAAAUCGGUGACCGAGAUGAACCCUGACCUAUCUGUGGAGAGAAUCGAGUGUAUGCGGCAAAUUGAGGAUGUGGAUGGGGGUCGAGAGGUAUUAGGUUAGAUUUCGACAUUCGAUAACCGAGGACCUUUUGACGGGAGCAGCCCGAUUUCAGUGCCUAUAGUGACUUGUUUGCAGGGGAAAUCCGUCCAAACCUUCUAAAGGUCUCGUAUAUUUCGCUUCAGAAGGACGGAAAACCGGCAGACUCUGUGCUUGACGCAGGAUUUAACAGACUGAAAUUAUUGCAAUAAUUAUGUAUGUGGCAUAAAAAUCAUGAAAUACAUGUCAUAGUUUUAUAACCAUUUUACAUUAUGGACUGGACUUGCUGCCAGGAGUGUGGUCGUUUACAGACUGUGACCUUUGUGUACUGAAGUCAGUUGCCAUGGGAACCUAGCAGGUCCAAUCAUUACACCUUGAAUCAGCAGGACUUGGAUGGGCAGCUACAAGAACUCCUUUUAUUCUUAACCGAUUUUAAGUUUUACUGCAUUAUUUCAUUGGCAAUUUUAGUAAAUGUUUGUUUUAAUGAAAGAAAACUUUAUAAACUACUGCAUUGCUGACAGAUUUGUUAGAAUUUUAGUUUCUUUUGUUUUAUUGCUCAAUGCUUUAUUUAUCCUUACGACUAACAUAUGAACAGAGCAUCAAGAAAUGUUCAUUUGAUGGCUUUUAGGAGGCGGCUGUGUAAGUCCUUGACUGCUUGAUGUAGUGCAUCAUCUUUUAUACUUGUAUAGAGACAUCAUCUCAAUAAAGUCAACAUUUGUAUCCA